AUGCGAAAGUUUGCAAGCGCUGCUGCCUCUGCUCACUGUAGCUUGAUUACGGUAGCGCGUUGGCAGAUCGCGCUUUACAGAGACGCGCCGGAGUUGGCGAGUGCCUCGGGUCUGAUCGUGCGUAGUUAUAGGCAACCAGCUACCGCUAGGAUGGGAAUUAAAUUUCUCGAAUUCGUGAAGCCGUUUUGCGGCUUCGUGCCCGAGGUAUCGAAGCCGGAACGGAAGAUUCAGUUCCGCGAGAAAAUGCUAUGGACAGCAAUCACCCUAUUUGUUUUCUUAGUCUGUUGUCAGAUCCCUCUUUUCGGAAUCAUGUCUACUGAUUCCGCUGAUCCAUUCUACUGGUUGCGAGUUAUCCUCGCCUCAAAUCGUGGUACUCUCAUGGAACUUGGAAUCUCACCAAUUGUCACCUCUGGUUUGAUCAUGCAACUCUUGGCUGGUGCUAAAAUCAUUGAAGUUGGAGAUACCCCGAAGGAUCGAGCGCUUUUCAACGGAGCACAAAAAUUGUUCGGUAUGGUGAUCACUGUCGGACAAGCGAUCGUCUACGUAAUGUCCGGUCUUUACGGAGAGCCUUCCGAGAUUGGAGCCGGUAUCUGUCUGCUUAUUGUCGUUCAGCUCGUGAUUGCUGGUCUCAUCGUACUUUUGCUCGACGAGCUUCUCCAGAAAGGUUAUGGACUUGGAUCUGGAAUUUCCCUCUUCAUUGCCACUAACAUCUGCGAGACCAUUGUAUGGAAAGCAUUCUCGCCAGCCACUAUGAACACUGGACGAGGAACUGAGUUUGAGGGAGCUGUCAUCGCUCUAUUCCAUCUUCUUGCCACUCGUACCGACAAGGUUCGUGCUUUACGUGAGGCUUUCUACCGAAACAACCUGCCAAAUCUGAUGAAUCUCAUGGCCACUUUUGUCGUCUUCGGUGUCGUCAUUUACUUCCAAGGCUUCCGUGUCGAUCUUCCCAUAAAAUCGGCUCGUUAUCGUGGUCAGUACAGCAGCUAUCCCAUCAAGCUGUUCUACACUUCGAACAUCCCAAUCAUCCUACAGUCCGCACUUGUCUCUAACCUUUACGUUAUCUCGCAGAUGCUUGCUGCGAAGUUCGGAGGAAACUUUUUGGUUAACCUGCUUGGAACAUGGUCAGAUGCAUCGGGAAGUUACCGUAGUUACCCCACUGGAGGUAUCUGCUACUAUCUCUCACCACCGGAUACUUUGUCUCACGUGCUCGAGGAUCCCAUCCACUGCAUUAUCUACAUAAUCUUCAUGCUCGGUUCCUGCGCGUUCUUCUCGAAGACAUGGAUUGAUGUGUCCGGAUCAUCGGCCAAAGAUGUAGCCAAGCAACUCAAAGAACAGCAAAUGGUAAUGCGUGGUCACCGUGAAAAAUCCAUGAUCCACGAGCUGAAUCGGUACAUCCCCACUGCUGCGGCUUUCGGAGGUCUUUGCAUCGGAGCCUUGUCCGUAACUGCAGACUUCAUGGGUGCUAUUGGAAGUGGAACUGGUAUACUUCUUGCUGUUACCAUCAUUUAUCAAUAUUUCGAGAUUUUUGUCAAAGAACAACAAGAGAUGGGAGGCAUGGCAGCCAUGUUCUUCUAAUCUGUUCAUAUACGUCUUUAAUUUAUUUUCUCACGUGUUUGUUGUUGUCUUAUAGAUAUUUGUAAUAAAUGUCUAUGACUUUCUUUCCUUUUUAGCGGCAUGUUUUGUUUGUGUGAUUGUUUGUUUCUUGAAAUACAGAAGGUGUGCAUGACGUAUCUCUGGCGCGUUGUGAUAGUGUCUUAUAGUGCUUCAUGUGCGAAUGAAGAUUUACAAAAUAA